AUGGCUUAUCUCAGUCUGCUCGCAGAAACGCCCUCAGCGGCUGAACCAAGCAUCUUCCGCCGCGGCGACGACAAGGACGACGCCGAACUCUACCCCGAAGAACGCCAGAAUGCCAGUUUUUACAAGUACUUUUACCUCCUACUCGGCAUGCUCGCGGGACUCAUCCUCGUCGCGAUAUGGCUCAUACGCCGCCGCAAAGUCCGUCAUUUGACAAUCCGGCGUCAGAACGGGCAACAAGCACCAGCGGGAGGCGUGGAAGCCUGGCCUGGUACAAGGAGGUUCCUACACGGACGAUGCAGGGCCACUGACUCUGUGCUCCUUCGCCCAACUGAGGGACUGGACGAGCACGGAGAAGCGCCGCCACCGUAUCAGCCCAAGUCGGAGGUAAAUUCUACGACUAUCGCGAUACCGCUUCGAGUCCUAUCAGCGGACGGGAGCGAGCGAUCAUUGCCGCCGCAGUAUAAAGCGCUGCCUUGA